CCGCCGGGGCGCAGGGAGCCGUAGAAACCUCGAGGUUGAAGACAGAGGCAGCGAUGGCACACGAAAGCUCGAGGCAGGUCCGAGAUCGCGGGGCGACCAGAUCCAAGGCGGAAAAGGCACGGCCGCCUACUGUGCCAGUGCCCCAGGUGGACAUCGUUCCUGGGCGGCUCACUGAGGCCGAGUGGAUGGCGCUCACAAUGGUGGAGGAGGGCGAGGACGUGGUGGGGGACAUCUUGGCAGAUUUGCUGGGGCGUGUCAUGGACUCUGCCUUCAAAGUCUACUUGACCCAGCAGUGCAUCCCUUUCACCAUCAGCCAGGCCCGGGAGGCCAUGCUGCAGAUCAUCGAGUGGCGUUUCCUGGCUCGAGAUGAGGGAGAGUCUGCAGUGGCUGAGGACCCCACCUGGGGAGAGGAUGAGGAGCCCUUGGCAAGCACAACGGAUGCCUGGGCUCAGGGAUCUGUGCCCCCAAUGCACGCACCAGCCUUGGUGGAGCUGGAGGACUUCUUCCGAUGUGAAGACCAAGGGAGUGUCGACCAGAUUUCUCUAGGAAGAUCGUUGACGGAUGGAGGCUGUGAGGAGCAGAUGGAAUCCUCCAAGCCAAGAGACACGCUCAGUCCUCCGCCCAUCCCAGAGCUGUUUCAGGAGGCAGGCCCCAGGGAUCCUUUAGAGGAACUGGAAGAUCAGGAAGGAGGCCGCCCGUCUUCGGCAGGGUCCAGGAACAUGAGCCUCCAACAGCCGUCAGCAUCUGUGAAGAUAGUGGUGGAGACAGUUCCCCCUGGGAGCCCCCAUUCUUCUCUGGAGCAGUCCCUGGCAGCCAGCUCCCAGGAAUCGGCAGAGAGCACACGGCCCCUCAGCUCCCAGGUCUCACUAGAGGACCUCUAUUUCUCACCCGCCACUGAGGACCUAAGUGAGCAGGUGUUCAAGAAGGGCGAGAAGCCCCAUGCUGCCUUGGACCCCAUCAUACUCGGCCUCUCCGAGUCCUCCCAGCAGCCUUGGUGGAUGGGCUCACAGCUGAGAACACUUCCCCGGAGGGCGGGCCGCAAGGCCUCGGUGCUGCCGAGCCAGUGGGUGUGCCCAGAAGUUGAGGUUGUGGAUACAGACACUGAGGCACGCCCCCUGGAAAUCUACCGCAGGCCCCCCCAGGUCGAGAAGACAGAGGCCCUGGCCAGACGCCAAGCUAUUGACUCCAGUUGCCGAGCUUUCUGCCCUCUCCCUCCCAGCGCCGGCUCCCAACUUCCCCCUUUAAGCUUAGGCCCAUCAUCACCAUGCUCCCAGUUAAAGGGGCUCUUACAGGGCCCAGAGAGCCGCUUUCCUGAAAGGCACCUGAAGGUCUCCCAAAUGGCCUACAGCCGCAGCCCCAGCCCCAGCACGUGGCCAGGUGCCAAGUGGCCGAGGGGCUGGGAAAGGGAGGCGGAGUUGCUGGAAGAGCUGUGGGCCGGCCGCAGCCACGUACCUCGGCAGGGCCGCCGGGACCAGGAGGGCCAGGAUCCUCACAGGUGGUCUUACCUUGAACCCCAAAUCCUCAAGCCCACGUCCCAGGUGAUGUGGCAGCCAGUGUUGCUGCCGGAAGCCUUGAAGCUGGCUCCUGGUGUGAGCAUGUGGAACCCAACCACACAGGCGCUGCUCAGGUCUGGCCCACCCUGGCAGGAGGCCAAAAAAGUCUGUACCUCUCCUCCCAUUGAGUUGCACCCCAUCCAGACAGAAGCCCAGGUGACCAGGGCACAGCUAAUGAAGAACUCAACCUCCAAAGUGUGGUCGCUCCCCUCCAAGAUCCUGCCCCAUUCUGAGCCCUGAACCUCAGCCGGCGGGAAUCCUGUCUUCCUUCCGUCUGCUUGCCAAAAAUAAACACCUGAGUUGCCUUAA